AUGAAAGUUUGUUUCUAUUCUGAGACACCUGGGGAAAUGAAAAUAUUAAGAUUAUUUUUCUGUGUUAUUCAAUUGAUAUUAAUCAUUAAUUUAAUAAAAUCACAAAAUAUUUGUCUGAAUAAUUCUGUUUUAACUUGUUAUUGUAAUGAUCAAAUGGGAUCUGUUACGUGCAUUGCAAAAAAUGAAACAUAUGAUAGUUAUGUAGAUUGGGCAGCAUUCACUUCAGUUGACCAUCGUCAAUAUUCAUUUGAUUUUGUAAAUUUAACGCAUUUAACAUCUUUAACAUUUACUAAUUUCACAUUGACAUUUCCUUCUAUUGAAUGGUUACAUUUCAAUUUCAUUAAUGGUAUUGAUGAAAUAGGAGAAAAUGCUCUUAAAGAGCUCAAUUAUUAUUCCGAUAUAGUAGUCGAUCUGACAUUUACAUCACCACGAAAUUUUAAACUUGCUGAUUAUGCAUUUGGUCAAGCAAAAUAUUUUGAAAUAAAUAUUUAUAAUAUACAAUAUACUCAUAUAUAUAAUCUUCCAUAUAAAUUUAAUUUAAAAUCAAUGGAUCAUAUACAAGUCUAUGAAAUGAAUAUUAUGAAUUCUGAUGAAAUAUAUUUCAUAUCUAAUGAAUCAUCUACAAUUGAAUUUACUGAAAUAUCAUUAGUAAAUUGUUCAUUGAAAAAUGCAAGUCUUCUUAUUGAAACUAUUUCAACAUCUAUUGUUGAUUUAGAUUUAUCUUUUAAUAAUUUAAUUGAUAUUCCAUCAAUGAUAAAAUUUCAAGAAAUGAAAUAUAUAAUUAUGCAUGAUAAUUUUAUUGAAGAAAUUAAAUCAAAUAUAUUUUCAAAUAUGAUUAAUUUAGUUAGUAUAGAUUUAUCUAAUAAUCGAAUAAAACAAAUAUCAGUUGAUGCAUUUAUUGGAUUAUCUUUGAUUGAUUUAGAAUUAAGUAAUAAUUUGUUAACAUCACUUGAAACAAUAACAAAUGAUAAUACAAAAACAUCAUUUUUAUACCCAUUAAAUCAAUCAUUGGCUCUUCUUUCAUUAUCAAAUAAUCAAAUAGAAGAUUUAUAUUCAUUAAAAGAAAUGUUAAAUUUAGAUAAUAUAACAAUAUGUUGUAAUAAAAUUAAAAAAUUAGACAAAUUUAGUUUUGGUAAAGCAAAUAGACUUGAAUCAAUUGAUUUAAGUUAUAAUCAGAUUGAAUUUAUACAUUCACUGGCUUUUAAUGAAACAAUUAUUAAUUAUUUAAAUUUAGCUGGAAAUCCAUUUUCAUCAUUCGAUCAAACAAAUUCAUUUCUAUAUAAUAUUGCAUCAACAAUUUCAAGUUUAUCAUUUUCUAAUUGUAGUAAUUUGUUUGAAAUUAAUUGGUUUAUUAUAACAAAACUUGAAAAAUUAUAUAAUCUGGAUCUAUCAACUAUUCCUAAGACAGACAAAUUUUGGCUUUAUAGAAAAAUAAAUGCUAAUAAUAGUGACGAUACACUUAUUUAUUGGAAUUAUCCACCAGGACCUAAUAUAAUUUUACAUGAUAUUCGAUUAACUGAUAUUGAUUACUGUUUAUCAAAACCAAUUUUUCAUAUUUUGAAUCAAACAAAUUUAAUUAUCGAUAUUGAUCAUCCAUGUAAUUGUUUUCUAUUUAAAUAUAAAGAUUCAUUGGAUUUAGAACAACGUCCAAUUUGUAUAUCGAAUAAUUCAAUUAUGGAAUUAUUAACUAAACAAUGUGCAGAUAUUGAUUUAUUUUGUGAAUCAUUUUUAAAUAGUACAACUACUUUGCCAUUUACCGAAUCGACAUUAUCUAUGAAUUCAAGCAUCAUAACUCAAACCACUAUAAUGACAAGCUUAAUGACCACUAAAAUCGAAACAAUCAUGAAUAUUACUUCAAUGACACGGACUUCAUCAAUAACUAUUGUAUCGAGUACAAACAAUAUAGAACAAUCAUCAAAUAGUAAUCAAAAAUGGAAAAUAAUAUUAGCUACAACAAUUUCUUCUAUAUUUAUUAUUCUUAUUUUGUCUUUAAUUGGCAUUUACAUUUUUAAAACAACAAACAAAAAUAACUUGACUGAAAAUAUUGAAAUGCAUCAAAAAAUCUCGAAUAUGGAUGAUAAAGAAUAA